AGACGUCUUCGGCUCAGACUGCAACCAGAUCAGCUAUGGCAGAGCUUGAGGAGGAGGAAACCGUGGCCGCGGCGCCGGAGCCAGAGGAGGAGGUCACUGACCUCAAUGGCGCGGUGCGAGGUGUCCUGAAGCGUGCGCUCAUGGUGGAUGGCGUCAUCCGAGGCCUGCACGAGGUGGCCAAGCAUGUGGAAGCCUGCAAGGCUCAAGUGGUCUUCCUGGCUGAGUCCUGCAACGAGGCAACAUACAAGAAGCUGAUCCAGGGCUUGUGCAUCGAGAAGAAUGUCCCUGUGGUUGAUGUGCCCGACAACAAGAGCCUGGGCGAGUGGGCUGGCCUUUGCAAGAUCGACAAGGAUGGGCUGCCCCGGAAGGUGGUGGGCACCAGCUGUGUGGCCGUCGUGGACUUCGGCGAAGAGGGCGAGGCCUACAACUACUUGAUGAAGCACUUGGGAAAGUAAAGACUGCGCGAAGCGGCCAAAGCCUUGAGCCAAGCACGAGUCAAGUGCGCGACGGAAAGAUGGCC